CAGCAAACCGCAAACAGAGCGUCACUUUAUUUGCUAAGCACCUACUACUACUACCUUCGCUGGCCCGCACGGUUGCUGGUAAGCCCCUAGGAAGAGUCACACGUACAGGUAAAAAUAAAAAUAAGACCCUUGGCCUGGCUAUUUAUUGAUAUUCGCCGCGCCGCCAGGUGAAAAGACUAUGUGGAGACUUUGGAUUAUACUACUUGCGGGUGCGGUGUGCCACCUGAGAGGAAACAUGGCGUCCGAUUCGGUGCUGAAAACGUCGGAGAUCGAGGCGAUUUUGUACGAACACAACGAGCUGAGGAAGAGUGUACAGCCGACUGCCUCAGACAUGGUGUACAUGGUCUGGAAUGAAAAGUUGGCGGCUAUAGCGCAAGACUGGGCAGACCAAUGCGUGUACACACACAACAUACAGCGGGAGAAACUAUUCAAAGCAUCCGUCGGAGAAAACAUCUAUUUUACGCUAGAAAAGUACAGAGCGGGUGAAGAAACAAAGCGAUGGUUCGAAGAGGGGCAAAAAUACUCCUACACUAACGACUCUUGCUCCGAUAAGAAGUGUGGACACUAUACACAGUUAGUCUGGGCCAAGUCUCGCGAGAUCGGAUGUGGCGUGAAAAAGUGUGACAUCCUGCAGGGUCUGGGAUGGCGCAACAGUUACGUAGUCGUGUGUGAUUACUCUCCAAGUGGAAACAUAGCCUACCAGAAACCCUACACCGCAGGCAAACCGUGUAGUCAGUGUCAUGACGGCAACGACACGUGUUAUGACAGCUUAUGCGAAAAAAACACUUGA